AUGUUCAUUAGUGGUGUACCAUUGGCAAAAAUUGAUGAUGAAAACAAUUUCAAAUCGCAAAGAUUAAGUCGUCGUAAUGCUUCAGAAUCGGUUGAAUUCUUUAAAGUAGUCGACGAGGUUCGUCAAAAUAAUGAAUAUUUUCAUAAAGACUUGAGAAAACGAGCAGCCUUCACCUCAAAUCAGCGUCAAUUUCAGAGGGAAGUGUUAUCGGCACAUAAUUUCUAUCGUGCUCGUCACUGUGCUAAACCUCUUCAACUCAAUGAUGUACUUAGUCGUUCAGCCCAAAACUUUGCUCAAAAACUUGCUAACACAAAUCAAUUUCAUCAUAGUGGAACUCCAGGUGUUGGUGAAAAUCUGUACAUGGCAAUUAGUUCAAAGAGUAUCAAAGUUAAUGGAAAUGCACCAGUAACUGCUUGGUAUAAUGAAAUUCAACACUACAAUUUUAAUCGUGGAGGCUUCUCAAAGAUUACGGGCCACUUUACACAAGUUGUAUGGAGAAGUACGACAAAACUUGGUGUGGGUAUUGCUUAUGCUAAUGGAGGUCGUUCUAUUUAUGUUGUUACUCGAUAUUCACCUCCGGGCAAUUAUGCAGGUCAAUAUCAAGCAAAUGUACGCCGACAAGGAAGUUGCUGA